CCGGCUAGUGGUUUUCCAAAAUGCCCAAGAAUAAGGGAAAAGGUGGUAAGAACAGGCGUCGUGGAAAGAACGAGAACGACAACGAGAAGCGUGAACUCACCUUCAAGGAUGAAGGUCAGGAAUAUGCGCAGGUUGUGAAGAUGCUGGGUAACGGCCGCCUGGAGGCCAUGUGCUUUGAUGGCGAGAAGCGGCUGGCACACAUUCGUGGCAAGCUGCGCAAGAAGGUCUGGAUCAACCAGGGCGACAUCAUCCUCCUCUCGCUUCGCGACUACCAGGACGAGAAGGGCGAUGUCAUCCUCAAGUACACCGCCGAUGAGGCCAGAAGUCUGAAGGCCUAUGGCGAGCUUCCUGAGCACGCCAAGAUCAACGAAACCGACACCUACGGUCACGAAGGUUUCGAGGACAACGUCGAGUUCGACGAAGACCGUGACGAGAGCGAAGACGACAAGGAGAUCGAUGUCGACGAGCUCUAAACCCCUCAAAAUCCUUGCGAUUCAACCCUGCGAAAGCCCCCUGGAUCUUUACACCAGCCCUUCCUCUCGGUGCCGCGUCGUGGCCAAAUCCACAUUACCCGUUGGGAAAGACUACGCAAGUUCGCCACUUGGGAAGUGUCCCUCCCACGCCGCUUCCUUCUCCGAAUGGGUGAUUCAAGAACAUCAGGCCUUCGGCCCGCCACCACAGGGCUCAUCGCUCCCCCGCUUUCCAAUCAGGGUAUGAAUCAUUAGACAAGGUGGACCCCGUGAAUGCAUGCGAUGGGAAUCAGGAUACAGUACAGCCCUGUGCUUCUUCCUUUUUUUCUUUCUUGUCAUAGAUGCAGGCCGUGAGGGGUCCUCUAGAGAAAUGGGUUGCGACGCGCAAGAUGAGACCGCCGCAUGCUGCGCGUUUUGUGUUAGCGAUUUUGUUUUUCUGCUCUUCCUUCUAGGUUUCCCG